CAAAGGCCGUUUCCUUAAAAUAAGCUCCAUGGCUCACAUUAGCAAAGACCAGCGUCUAAAACCCGAAGCGUAAACGGUAGCCGGUGGACGGCCGCUUGUCCUGCGCACUCUCUGUGGAGAUGGAAGAGGAGAUGGAAUCGUCCAUGAAAGCUGCUUCGGGGGAGGUCUCCAGGCAGUUCAAGACCCUAAUCAACGCAGAGGAUGUCGAAUCCCUCAAGCAGUUGCAGCAUCUCAUAUUGGGAAGACUACAGGACAGCAAUGCAGUCUUAUCACAUUUCAAUGAGUAUUCAGAGCAAUGCUACGCGGAGAUAUCUGGUGAUUUCCUAAGGAAUACACGCCUCUUGAAGUCUAUGAAAUCAGACCUUGAUCACAUAUUUCAGAAGCUGAGAAGCAUGAAGACUAAGAUAUUAACAACAUAUCCAGAUGCAUUUCCAGUUGAUUCGGCAUCGGUGAUUCUAGACCAAAGACCAGACUUAGAAAGGCCUCAAUAACACCAUCUCUCUCUCUCUCUCUCUCUCUCUCUCUCUCUCUCUCUCUCUCUCUCUCUAUAUAUAUAUAUAUAUAUAUAUAUAUAUAUAUAUAUUAAGGUGGGAUCAUGUUGAUGAUGGAUUCUAUUUAUUUACCAGAGGAUUUUGAAUGCUUAUUGUAUCUUGUUUGAGAGCAUGUAAAAUAUUUGGGUGGAAGUUGUUUUAAUUUCCAAGAAAAUGGUGAUUUACUUUU